AUGGAAAGGAUUCUGAACGCCAUAGACGAAGCAAAGGAAAAACUGGACGGGAUCCAGGCCAAAUUAGAAGGAAACCCGGAACCUGAUACGCCAGGAUUCGAGCGAAUUGGAUCAAGAUACUUUUUCAUCGAACACGAGGAUAGGAAAUCUUGGACUGGUGCUGAAAUCGCGUGUCGGCAAAAAGGAGGUUAUCUAGCGGCUUUCCAAAACCAAGAAGAGUUUGACGGAAUCAAAGAGAAACUCCAAAUAGCUGUGUAUUGGCUGGGCAUUAACCAAAAGAUAAAGGAGGGCGAUUUCGUAUCCGUGGCCUCUGGGAAACCUGCAACAUUUCUAAACUGGAUGUUAGAUGAACCCUUUAAUUAUGAUGAUAUUAAAGAGGACUGUGUGCUCCUAGUCUUGGGUCAAAUGUCUACACGGCAGUGUGAUUUGGGAUUCCAUUUCAUUUGUCAGUUAGACAAUAAAGUUUAA